GUCAAUUUCCAAAAAAAUAUUGAUAUUGAUGCAGUAGCGUUUUGCAGUGAUCUAAUUUGUAAGAAAAUAUAAAAAAUUAAGUGUUUCAAUGGCAUCCACUUCGAAGAAUAUUCCAUCCACCGCAAAUCCAGAAAAUGUCACUGACGAUAUCGAACCAGGCGCGUGUACCGACAGCAUAUUAAACCCAACGGACUCAUUUGAAGAGUUUGCUUCUGAAAUGAGCUCCAGUCUUGAGGAAAGGAACACUUUGGCAGCAAAAUCCAGUACCAUAAGUGAGAUUCAAAGUGAAAUUGGCGAAAGUUCAAAGGAAACACUUCGAGAAACUAAAUCAAGCGAUAACUUGCAAAGUAAAGAUGACUCAAUAUCAGGGUCAGCAAGCAGUUCGAACCUAACAGAACAAAAUGGUGAAGACACAGAAUGUGAAAGAGAUGAAUAUUUACGGUCACCGGAAUUAGUCAACAAAGAAAAACAUGUAUUUAUAUUGAGCUCGGCAGGAAAACCUAUCUAUUCAAGAUAUGGUAAUGAAGACAAACUCGCAGGUUUGUGUGGUGUUAUACAGGCCCUAGUGAGUGUUGUGGAGGAGCAAAACCAGGAUAUCUUGAGAUCUAUCAGCACCAAGGAUUGCAAGGCCAUCUUCCUUGUCAAGGGACCUCUGAUACUGGUUGCUGUAUCCAAGUCAAAUGAAAGUGAAACACAACUGGUUCUUCAAUUAACGUACGCAUUCAAUCAAAUUGUAUCAGUGUUGACUUUAACACAACUAAAUAGGAUAUUCGAACAACGCCGUAAUUACGAUUUGAGGAGACUCCUCUCAGGAGCUGAACGUCUUAUAGACCACCUGCUCAUAUUCAUGGAAAAGGACCCUGCGUUUUUAUUGGGUGCUGUGAGAUGCUUACCAUUACCUGAAAAGGCUAGAGAGAACAUAACAAACGCUAUAACCUCGACAUGUAGCAAAAUAAGGGACUUAGUAUUCGCUAUACUAAUAGCUGGAAAUCAAUUGAUAACUCUGGUCCGUAUGAAGAAGUAUACGCUGCAUCCAUCUGAUAUACAUUUGUUGUUCAAUUUGGUGAGAAGUUCGGAGUCUUUUAAAACUGCGGAGAGUUGGACGCCUAUAUGCCUGCCGAAAUUUGAUGCUACAGGUUUUCUACAUGGUCACGUGUCAUACAUUUCCGAGGACUGUCAAGCUUGCCUCCUACUAUUGACCGUACAGAGAGAUGCAUUCUUCCCACUGUCGCAAGCGAAACACACCAUUGCUGAGAAACUAAGGCGAUCGAACUGUUUAGUAGCAAUAAACGACGCAUUGAACAGGAACAAAGAACUACCGACAACGAAUCCACUGAAACACAUCGGCAUACCAGAAAUAAGACACUUUAUGUACAAAUGCAAAUCAACUGCACAGCUCUUUACUUCAGAUCCAAUAAGUCUGGAUAGAUUACAGGAUUACAGGCUUAGACAUAAAGAGGGUGGGGAUAUUACAGAGAAGAAAAUAGAGAAGUUAUCAGAUAUAGAUUAUGUGAGGAAUUACAGGAAGUUUUGUAGUCAAAUACAUUGUAGUUCGACACCUGCUAAGUUGAUAUUUAGGUCGAAUUCGGAGAAUACUGUUUUGGCGUGGGUGACAAACGGCUUCGAAUUGUACGUAACAUUUGACGCGCUCAUGGAGAAAGACCACGCCAUACGCGCGGUCGAUCGACUGUUACACUGGAUAAAGAAGGAAGAAGAAAGGAUAUUCAUCAUGCACGCACCAACCUUCUAGCCCAAGCUCACCCUCGGUGGUAUAAUAAAGAACACUAUAUCGCGGAGUGUUGAGAACGUAUAAACUAAAAUUAGUGCAUUAGUAGUAAAUAAUAAUGAAAUAGAUAAAAGUGGCUUUUAUCUAUUUCAUUAUUAUUCAUUAUUCGUUAUCAACACUCCGCGAUAUAGUGUUCUUUAUUAUACCACCGAGGGUGAGCUUAAAUUUGUCGGAUGUUGUCCGGCGAAAUAGCGGAGUGUUGAUUACGUUUGAACCUACGUAAUUGAUUUGCAUAAUAACCAGAGAGGAGGAUAGAAUAAUCAUCAUGCAUCCAUUGACCUUCAGCCCAAGCUUACCCUCGGUGUUAUAAUAAAGAACACUAUAUCGAGUGUUGAAAACGUUUUAACUAGUUAACGUUAGUGAAUAAAAGAUGAAAUAGAUAAAAGCCAAACUCAUUUUAAAUUUGUCGGAUAUUGUCCGACGAAAUAGUGUAGUGUUGAGAACGUUUGAACAUUCGUAAUUGAUUUACAUAAUAACAAAAUAAAUAAACGGCUACUUAUUUUAAUUUGUCGGAUUGCGUCCAACGAAAUAGCAGCGUGAUUUACAUUAUAAUGAAAUAGAUAAACGGCUAAAUUAAUUUAUGUUGGAUUACUUCCGACGAAAUAGCGGAUUGUCACUUUCAAUCAUCCUGUGUGAGUGCUCUAAAUGUCUAUCAUAAUUAAAAAAUCAGUCUCGUAAUAGUAUUCAAUAUACCUAAUGAAUUACUAAAAAAAAAAAUUGUGUGCUAAAUUAGAUGUUAUCAUGUACCUAAUAAAAUUAGAAUUAUUGCAAUAAAUUAUGAGCUUGUACAAUAUUGUUUGGAGUAUACAAUAUGAAUUUGAAUUUUUAAAAAAAAUAUAUAUGGUUUAAUUUAGAAACCUCCUCCUUUUUUGAAGUCGGUUAAAAAAUAACAUUUGAUUCAUUUUCCAAUGUUCAUCAAUAAACCUAUAAACUUAAACAUUUACCAAUUUCAGAGUGAAACUUCCAUGUAUACUUACAAAACCUUUAAGUUGUAGGUUUUUGUCAGUUAUUGGUGCAAUUUGAGUUCAUCUGUUUUUCAUGGACAAUGCUAAAAUAAAUAAAUUCAUUCCAUUUGGAUUAGUUAAAUGCAUACUGUCAACAGCUAGUAACUUAAGAAUACAUUAUGGAAUUUCCAUGUACAUAAUACAAUGAAGAGUAAAUAAUUUUAAAUCUACAUUUUAACAUAUUUCCUGAAUUAAAUUAGAAAACCUUAGUGAUAUUUCGCUCAUCCUGAAUAAAAGCCUAACACAUAA